AGUUGGGAUAAGGUUUAGCGGGGAGAGUUGAAGUUUCUCAGCUUUCUAAGUUGUUAAUGCUUCCUUCUCAUUGUAAUGGAUUGUUUCUCAUACUUAUGGUAGCUUGGGAGGUGCUACACAUAUUCAAUUGUCAAACUUUCACUCUUUCUAUGCUAGGACCCCAUCUGGAAGUUUACAAAUGUAUCCAAUAAGUUGGACCAGGCAGAAACAACUACGAUUUGCAGGUUUGGUGCUGUCAAACAGAUCUGAGAAGCCAUUUUCCACAAGCUGCAAAUCAUCUUCUGAAACUAAAACUACCACUACUAUACAGAAGGGUUCAGCAGAAAAGAAAUCCAACAGCUUGAAAAGCCAAAUCAUCCCAAAUUCAUUUGAGGUGCAAUCCUUGGUAACAACAAUCUGUGAUACCUCUUCUAUUGCAGAAUUUGAAUUGAAACUUAGUGGAUUCAGGCUCUAUGUGACGAGGGAUUUGUCUGGGAAAAGUGAACCUCCACCUCCGUCAAACUCAGUGCGAACCAGUUCUAGCAUCACUGCAGAGACUCAUGAUUUAAAUGGAUCAGUUUCUACACCGUCGUUAGCCAUCUCUAAAUCAGUACCAUCCUCAGGUGGAAUACAGACCUUGCUUGAUAAAGCUGUGGAUGAAGGGUUGGUAAUACUGCAAUCUCCAAGAGUUGGAUUUUUCAGAAGAUCGCGGACCAUAAAGGGGAAACGUGCACCUCUAUCAUGUAAAGAGGCAUGCUCUGGUUACCAUGAUAAGCCAUUAUCAAUGGACAUGGACAUUUGUGUUGUGUUGGCAGACACUGUUAGGCAUGCAACCUUCCUGAGGCAGAUGAUGUGAAGAAACUAUGCAUAUUCCUGGAUCUUUUAUUCUUGACAAAUGUUUGAAUAUCUCCAAUGUAGAAUAUUCCCUACUCUUCCAAGGUGCAAAAACCUUGAUUUUGAGAUUGGAAAGGCUUAGAUUGUGAAGCCCGAAAGGUUUCCUUUUGUGCUUUGGCUUCUGUGCCUUUGAUGCAUCAUAUUAUGUAGUCUACAAAAGCAAGUCAAGGAUAAAUGAAAACUAAUGAUGCAUGUUGGUAAGCAAGUCAAAUGAAAAGAUCUAUGGGAAGAAAGCAUCAAAGUAGGAGCACAGUCGAGCUGUUUAUUAAAAGGGACAUCAGUUGAGUGUUCUUAUGUUUGGGAUGCACAACCAUAUUUGAAUGAAGUCCCAGCCGUGUUCAUGUUCUUAUUCAACGCAGACGUCUUAUCACAUGUAACUCUACAAGAUGAAUUGUCCCGAAAUUCUUAGAUGAUAAGGUUUCCACUUUGUAUGACCCAUGUU